UGCCAACCGAACCCGACGAACGGAUCUAUAACCACAUCACAUAUUUUUUACUAUUACCCUGACGUCUCCACGAGCUCAGACUCCCAUCAUUUAUCAAUAUUCUUGGUGAAACACCCUCAAGCUAGAUCCGCGUCUUGCGCCCCAAGACAGAACGGCAUCUUCUCAAGCCAAGCUUCCCCUCGACAUGCCCAAAACCCAGGCUUCCCCAGAAGGCACAGCUGCUGAGCCGCCUCACCCCAAACGCCGCAGACUCCCAGACGACGACGCCAGUUCGAUGCCGCGAUAUAGUUCACCCGCCGAAGAUAUGAACCGCGACGAAGACACAACAGGAUUCGAAGGUCGAUCUCGUGCCCAUAGGCCGUUAGCGCGCCGCGACCGUCUCUCUACAAGCCCAAACAGGGCCAGGGAUGCGAGCGCAAGUAGAAGUAGAAGCAGAAGUGGGAGGAGUAGAACCAAAAGCAUCAGUCCCCGUUCCGACGAAGACGAGCAACAACGGCGAUACCGCUCCAGGUCAUCAUCCAGGUCUCGCGAAUCGCGGUCCAGAUCUUCGUCGCGCUCCAGGAGUCGCUCGUACUCACGUUCUCCAACCCGAUCCCGAUCCCCUCCCUCUCGAUCGCGCUCCCGGUCACGAUCUCGAACAAGCUCGACACGCGACCGCUCCCGUUCCGUAUCGCCCUCUCGCUUUCAAGACCGCCGUUCCUCCAAAUCACAUGCCGAGCAGCUUCGACCGAACUACCGACCCCGCUUAGAGCUGAGCGGUCAUACGGCUGCUAUCAGCCAGGUUCGAAUAUCACCAGACGGAAGAUGGAUUGCCUCCGCUUCUGCCGACGGCAGCGUCAAGAUCUGGGAUGCCACCACGGGCCACAACCUCGACACUCUUAUAGGCCACAUGGCCGGAGUCUCAUGCCUGACAUGGGCACCGGACAGUAACACUUUGGCUACCGGCUCAGACGACAAGGCAAUUCGUCUCUGGGACCGGGUGACUGCUAGUCCCGCCCACGCGUGUGGGGAUGAAAGCAACCGUGGCCAGGGACCACGAGAGUACAUCAGAGGCGGCAGCCAGCUCAGGACAGCACGCGGAGGUAGAACAGGAAUGGGCCCGUUGCUGGGACAUCACAACUAUGUUUACUGCCUCGCCUUUUCGCCAAAAGGGAACAUUCUGGCCAGCGGUAGUUAUGACGAGGCUGUGUUUCUGUGGGAUGUACGAGCUGGUCGGUUGAUGCGAAGUUUGCCCGCUCAUAGUGACCCAGUGAGCGGCAUCGACUUUUGCUGUGACGGGACACUGGUCGUUAGUUGCUCUACGGAUGGGCUUAUUCGAAUAUGGGAUACAUCCACCGGCCAAUGUCUCCGGACGCUCGUCCACGAGGACAACCCCGCCGUCACCAACGUUUGCUUCAGCCCGAACGGCCGCUUCGUACUCGCCUUCAACCUCGAUAACAGCAUUCGUCUUUGGGACUAUGUAUCAGGAACCGUCAAGAAGACAUACCAAGGCCAUAAAAACAGCGGCUUUUCUAUAGGCGGAGGUUUUGGCGUGGUGACCGACAACAAGGAUACACAGGACGACUACCGACACGGUAAUAGGGGGAAGCCAUUUGUUGUGUCGGCUAGUGAAGACGGAGAUAUUGUGAUGUGGGAUGUGGUUACUAAGCAAAUCGUACAGCGUAUCGAGAAGGCCCACGAGGGGGUCUGUUUCUGGGUGGAUGUCAACGGCGACACCAUGGUGAGUUCUGGGCAGGAUUGCACCAUCAAGGUUUACAAAAAUGUGCGGAGGAAAAAGGAUGACCGCCGGCGAAAACUCGACAAGCCGAACGACAUCAGUGCGAUCGACGGGACGAAUGGUCAUGGUAAUGGCAGAGGAAUUGAUUCCGACGAAGCUAUGGGUGACGAUGACCUAUAGCAUCGCGCACGGGCUGACUGAUACCUGACCACUGUUUCAAGGAAAGUGAGAGCACAUUCAAAACCAAAUACCCCAUUUAGCUUUAUUCCAUGAUUCGCGACGCUGCUGAGGGUUGAAUGCGGAGACAAAUAGGUCUUGGAGCUUCCUUGCGUUGCUUGGGUGACUGACCAUUCUGAUUCGCAUUUUUACCUGCCCGUCUAUGAACAGAUGACACGCCUAUUCCAAGCAGGUGUGGGUUGUCAUCUGAUGCCCAGAGAUAAAGCAGGUCCAAGUGGUAGGUACCAACAAUCCGUCGUAGGAACACCUCAUACCCGAGGAGGUAGGCAUGCGUACAGGUAGUGAUCAACCACCAUGGUUGCCUCUACCUGCUAACCGCUCAGUGUCCGGAGGCAUGGCGCCCUUUCUGUCUGG